GUUCCCAAAACACUCCAGUGAAGUCCUGCUCCCUAGCAUGAGCAGCAACGGCGACGCCACUACGAGCGACUCCCGUCGCAGCUCCGUGAUCUCACGGAUCACUAAGAGCACCACAUCCUCUUCUGACGCGCAUCUGACGGCGGAUCAACUCGUGAAUCAUGACCAAUGGGUCCCAGACAGCGAACGACACCGCUGCCUUGUGUGCACGCGCAGCUUUAGCAACUUCCGCCGCAAACAUCAUUGCCGUCGGUGCGGGGAAGUUGUGUGCAAGGGAUGUCUGCUAAAGAGGAAUGCGCGACUGCCUGUGAAAGGAUCAGUGGAAGUGAAGGUCUGUAUGAACUGCGUCCUUGUGGACGCAGAAGUUCCCGACAAUGCCUUGACGGUCGGCAUGCGGGAAAACUCGGCCACAGCCUCUUCUCUUUCGUCGCGAUCGCUGGACUGGCAGAGUCAUGUCCACAAUCCACCGUCGUCCCCGUCUGGUGCUUCGUCCCAUGCUGCUCUCGACAUCGACGACGAUGCGAUCAAUACAUCCACAUGUGACGACCCACUAGACUACUCGUGGCGAUAUCCAUGGCCCAAGGCGCCCGUCCUCGCCGACGAAGACGUGCGGUUGGACGUCCUUCGCAGCUACAACAUCUUGGACAGCGCGCCAGAAGAAAAGUUUGACAUUGCAUGCACGUUGGCCGCCAACUCGAUGAAGUGUCCGUUGGCGGUGGUGUCGUUCAUGGACAGUGAGCGCCAGUGGUUCAAGGCCAACGUCGGCCUCGCCCAGGCCGAGAUACCUCGGAACGUGAGCUUUUGCGCCCACGCCGCCAAGUCCUCCGAUCCCAUGGUUGUGUGGAACACCAUGCUGGACGUGCGCUUUGUCAAGAACCCGCUCGUGACUGGAAGUGCCGCCAUCCGGUUCUACGCGGGCGUGCCACUGGUCGCGCCGACGGGGCACGUCGUUGGCACCGUCGCCGUCUUCGACAACCAACCGCGGCAAAGUGUCGACGUCGCGAUGCUCGAGAAAUUGGCGACGGUCGUGAUGAAGUAUUUGGAAGAACGUCGGGGGGCGUUGGCGGCCCCAUCACCACAAACCCCACGCCAACUGAGGCAGCCGUCUGAUGCCGCAACUGCCCCAUGCCCGGGGACCGCGUCCCAAGCAGCGUUGUUCUCGGCUCCUGUGUCGACGGUCGCGGUUCCGGACGCGCCAACUGCCCCCGGGGCCAACAUGGAAAUGAUGUUGAUGACGUUGUUGUCCAAGACUACGGAAACCCAGCAACAACUCGCGUCUCAGCAAGGCGCCAUGUUCAACACGUUGGGCCAGCACACGGAACAGAUUGACAAGCUCGCCGAUGCCGUCGCACGCAUGGAAGCCAAGCUCUUGACACCAAGUGUCAACGAGACCAUGACAACAUAAUUAAAAAUAGCACGCUAGAUACACGACGUCAGGGAUGGCAAAUUAUAUUAUAUUAUUAGGUUUUUAUAAUACCUUUCAAUAAAACCUACCGGUAAUUUCAAAAUUCGA